GGGGUUUGAUGGUGGCAGCAUGUCGGUGGUGGGGUUUGGUGGUGGCAGCAUGGUUGCGUUCUCUCUCCUCUAAUUAAUUGGUCCUGUGUGGAUGGAGGUGGUUGCGAGGAUGCUAUGGUUGGUGUUGAUAAUGGAGAGAGGAAUUAGGGGGUUGACAUGGUGGUGGUGGACUUGAGGAGACAGACCAAAGGUAUAAGGUGGGAAUGAAGAAUCCAAAUUUUUUUGGGUAAUUGGUUCUUUCAUUUAAUUAAGGGUUAAUUAAUUUAAUUAAGGGGUAAUUACGGGUUAAUUAAUAUAAUUAAUGGUUAAUGUUAGGAUAAAUAAAGAAAACGGUUUAUUAAGGGCAAAAAUGUAAACAUACGCUAACGGGGACUUAACGUCCGUUAACCUUAUGGGCAUUUUGUGUAUUUAUACUAAACCUCAGGGGUAUUUGGUGCAUUCUGGAAAGUUUAGGGGUAUUUGGUGCAUUAAGACAAACCUCAGGGGCAUUUCAUGAAAAAUCCGUUGCUUUUUCCGUCCAUAUUUAUUUAAGAGAUACACUUGCCAUAUUUAGUAACUUAUCAACCCCACCAUCUAAUUAAAUAAUACAUUUAAUUUACCCUAUGAUCCACCAUCCUAUUAAACAAAUAAUUUCAUAAACUCACCCCACCUCUCACCUCCCAAAAAUGACAUGGUCCCCACUUGUUUACUUAUUAAAAUAUCUAUCCAACCCCAUUUGCUUUAUUAUUUUAUUUCAUUCAAUUAUUAUUCUUAAUACCCGUGCCCGGCCAAGUGUAUCUCUUAAAUAAAUACGAAGGGAGUAAAAAUUAUAAAAAAAAUAAAAUAUAAAAAUAUUUUUAAUAAUUAUAACUAUGAUAAUGAUGAUAAUAAUAUUAUACUACUAACAAUAGUAAUAAUAAUAAUAAUAAUUAUAAGAUGAAUUGAACUGAACUGAAUUAAACUGAAUAUUACUGAAAUUCAACUAAAAGGAACAUGGUUGAACUCUUACGAAAUACUCCCUCCAUCCCUUUAAAGAUUUCCAUUUGACUUUUUACAAUUUUAAACCCAUGACUUAAAACGCAUAUAUAUAUAUCUAAUUCUACACACUUAAGUAAUAAAAAAAAUGGUACUCCAAUAAGAUCCCACAACACUAAAUUAUUUAUUUAUAGAUGAAUGAGAAUUCAUUGUCAAACUUUUUAAGUUUUGACAUAAUUAAAUAAAUGUAAGGGAGCAGGGAUUGAGGGAGUAAAAGACAUCAAUCAAGAAUGGCAGAAGGUUUAAUUAUUUUUGAAGAACUUCAUGGGGAGAGAGAUGGCUAGUCAAAAUUUAAAGAAUAGAAAUAUGACCAUUGGCUAAACGAAACGGUGAAUUAUUUAAGAAGGUUAAACGAAAUAGUAACACACGUUUAUUGAAAGAUAAUUGAAUUUAGUUUAAUCAUCUUUUUAUAUUGGUAUGAUUAAAAAAUGACUGACCACAAGGUCCUCAAUGUACCAAUCUACCAACCAUAGAUGACAUUUUGACAAUAAACUUUGGUAUUGUGCUGCCAGAAUUCUAUAUAAUCGUUAGGAAAAAACAAACAAGAAAAAUAACUUAAUCCUUUGUUGAUAAACCUUAAAAGGCUACAAAUGGAGCAUGAACCUGAAGUAAAAGUGAAAAUAAUAUCCAAAGAAAUGGUAAAACCAUCACUUCUACCACCCUCUCAUCCCACAACUUUCACCCUUUCCUUCCUCGAUCAAACCUUCCCUGUGUUUCCCCCAGUACCAUUGCUUCUACUCUACACCGCCUCCACUGCCUCAACACCGCAAGGUGUUGAUAUACGCGGCCUGAAACUUUCUCUUAGCCAAACACUUGACCGUUUCUACCCUCUUGCAGGUCGACUCCAGAACGAGUCUACCAUUUCAUGCAACGAUGAAGGUGUACCCUUUAUUGAAACUAAGGUCAAUUUUCCUCUCUCGCGUAUCUUAACCUCACCUCAUAAAUUCAAGUUGCUUACUAAGUUUUUCCCUUCUUCUCCGGAUCUCAUCCCCUUUUCUAUUCAAGUUAAUGUUUUUCUUUGCGGUGGGGUUGUUAUCGCCUGCUACUGGCUCCACAAACUAAUGGAUGGAACUUCCUUAGGAACUUUCCUUACCCAUUGGGCUGCACUUUCUAACAAGCGGUUUACAGACCUAGUACAACCUGACUUUGACGCUGCAGUCAAUGCGUUCCCUCCGCUUCCUAGGACUGAUCAAGACCUUGUUACUGAUCUCAGUAUGAAUCCCACAAUUAUGCAAUCAAAUCCUACCAUUGUUGUGCUCAAGAGUUUUGUAUUCAGCCAAGCUGCUUUAACAGACCUGAAGGCCAAGGCUACAAGUGAACGGGUUCCUAAACCCACUCGAUUUGAGGCUUUGUCAGGGUUCAUUUGGGAGCAGGCCUUUGCUGCUGCUACACAUAAUUUAACCAUCCCAGUUGAACAUAAAGAACUCGAAUUUGCUGUAUGCAUGCGGAGGUGGUUAACCCCGCCACUCCCUAGGGAAUCAAUGGGUAACCUUUUCAUCCUAAAUGUAAAAGCAAGAGCCGAUAAAAGAAGCAGACUUCAAGAGAUGGUUGAGAAGAUCCAUUCAUCCCUCUCCAACAUUCAGCAGAAAGUUACAACAGUUUAUCAAGGGGAAAAUGCAGGGGACCUUUAUUUGUCAGAUCUGAAAGCUGGUCCAACGGAGUAUCACGAAGGUCUUUUUCGGCUUAGCAGCAUGUGCAAUAUGGGUUUGAAAGAGGCAGACUUUGGGUUCGGGAAACCAGUUAGUGUUGUUCGCGCUGAUGCCAGGGAAACUGCUUCAGCUGCUAUGUUUAGAAAUCAUAUUGUCCUCACUGAUUAUAGCCAUCCUAUUCUUGGUGAUGGGAUGGAGGCAUUUAUAUACAUGGAGGAGAAAGAUAUGGUAAUUUUAGAAUCCAACCCACAUUUUAUUGCUCUAGUUUCUCCUGUGUCAUAAUUCGUAUUCCUUUGAUCUAACAAGCGAAUGGAGGCAUUUAUAUACAUGGAGGAGAAAGGAAUGUGGGUGUGCAAUAUGAGGCCGGCAAUCAAGGGCCAACAAGCAAAACAUCAAUUAUGUUUGUUUAUAAUGGUUUGCGUCUAAAGUGGUAUGUAAGAGCCAGUAGAGCUCAUAUUAAAAGCUUCGGAUGUGUAAAGGUCUUAAACGGUCUUGAAGCUUUCAUAGUUUGUCGUUGUAGUUUCUUAAUUUCUUUUCAUUAAUGUAUGUUUAAGCCGAUUUCAAAAAAAAAAAAUAUAAGCGAACAGUUUGGUAAUCUGAUCUUUUUAAUCGACUUGCAAAAUGAAAAUUGUAAUCCAACUGUAGAACAUAUUACAUGCACUUGGGUGCACCGUGUAUCGUCUCACAUUUCUCCUUAUAUGUGUUUUACAUAAGUUCAA